CCAACAGAUCCUUCGUACUGUGCGACACCAACUAGGCUCGCUCUAACUUGUCCAUCUUUUAAGUAUAAACCUCCUCCAAGUUGCGGUGCUGGACCACGAGGAAGGGAUACUAAUUGACCUGGGAGUAAGGUAUCGGAUGCCAUGGGAAAUCAAGGGAGCCGAAAGCGAGCAGCAGCUGCCAAAUAAUAUCGUGGAACGAUGUACAAGGGAAAAGUCGGGAGACCAAGUAUUAUGUUACUCGCGUCGUUCGGAUUUGUCGCUAUUUGGCUGUGACUACAUACUUCAAAAAUCUCAGCCCACUCUGACUGUUAUACUUCCGCUCUCGAGGAAUCGCGCAUUUGCUCCUUCAGCAACAAUGGCCUCCUCUUCUAUCGCUCGCGUCCUUUCACGGCGUAUGAUUCCUACUUCUUCAUGUUGCUCACAACUAACAUUAUUCAUAGAGAUGCACAUGUCUGCACGGAGACAUGCCCUCACCAAGUUCUCCAUGCCUGCCAUGAGUCCCACCAUGACCGAGGGUGGUAUCGCCUCUUGGAAAAAGGCGGAGGGUGAAACAUUCACCGCUGGUGACGUACUGCUCGAGAUUGUGCGUUCAUAUUCUUGCUUCCACUCCGUUCCUCAUGUCUGUGCACAGGAAACGGACAAGGCUACCAUUGAUGUGGAGGCCCAGGACGACGGUAUUCUUGCCAAGAUUAUUGCUCCUGAUGGUUCGAAAAAUAUCGUCGUCGGCUCGCCCAUUGCCAUCAUGGCUGAAGAAGGCGAUGACCUGUCAGGUGCGGCUCAAAUGGCUUCCGAGCCUUCGGCCGCAUCCCCUUCCCCACCUAAGGAGGAAAGUACACCUGAGCCUCCCAAAACCGAGGCCCCCAAGCCUGCGCCAUCCCAGGCCAAGCCUGAGCUUGCCAAGGGCGAACGAAUAUUCGCAUCUCCCAUUGCGAAGAAGAUCGCUUUGGAGCGCGGCAUCCCGUUGACCCAAGUUAAGGGUACUGGUCCUGAGGGACGCAUCAUACGAGAGGACAUUGAGAAGUACCAACCACCCGCGGCAGCAGCCUCAGCAGUCGCUGCCACUUCCUCGGCACCUGCUGCUUCCCUUCCGGAAUAUACAGACAUCCCAGUUACAAGUAUGCGUCGCGUCAUUGGCUCGCGUCUCACACAGUCCAAGCAGGAGCUGCCCCAUUACUACCUUACCGUCCAAAUUAACAUGGACAAGACGAUGAAGCUCCGAGAGGUCUUUAACAAGACGCUUGGCGAAAAGGACAAAGCUGCCAAACUCAGCGUCAACGACUUCAUUCUCAAGGCUGUUGCAUGCGCAUUGAAUGACGUGCCCGAGGCCAACUCGGCAUGGCUUGGAGAGGUCAUCCGACAAUACAAGAAGGCUGAUAUCUCGGUUGCUGUUGCAACUCCCACUGGCCUCAUUACACCUAUUGUGAAGGAUGUCGGUUCAAAAGGAUUGGCAACUAUUUCUAGUGAAGCGAAAUCUCUCGCCAAAAAGGCUCGGGAUGGCAAGCUCGCUCCUCAAGAAUAUCAGGGUGGCACAUUCACGGUGUCUAACCUUGGCAUGUACGAUAUCGAACACUUCACUGCCAUCAUCAACCCUCCCCAAUCGUGCAUCCUUGCUGUCGGCACUACGCAGCCAACAAUCGUCCCAGCUCCUGAGGAGGAACGUGGUUUCAAGACCGUGAAUAUGAUGAAAGUGACACUGAGCUCGGACCACCGGACGGUGGAUGGUGCUGUGGGUGCUCGUUGGAUGACUGCGUUUAAAGGUUACCUCGAAAAUCCUCUCACGUUCAUGCUCUAAUAGUACAAUCGGGUCUUUGAGGUCUACCCAUUGUUUCUAGACUAGAUUACAUUUAUCACAUGCAUGCG